GAUGAGAGAGGAGCAGAGAACAGAAAACAGAACAACAGAAAAGAGAGAGAGAGAGCAAAAAAAGGCAAAGACCCAAUUGCGCAACCAUCGGGUGGGGGUUCCCAUUUCCCAAAGAUUCGCGUUUGCGCAACAAAACCCAUUUUCCCUUUUUUUUUUGGCUUUUUUCACACAUUUGUAUUUAAAUUGGCCAAAACCAUCAUCUUGUUCUUCUUCACUUUCUCUGCAUCCUAUUCCUUUUCCUUGGUGAGUUUGACGGUCAGCUCUCACUAUGGUGGCCGAUAGCAAGUCCAAACCCGACAUUUCAUUGGCUGGGACCUUCGCCUGUAGUGCUUUCGCUGCUUGUUUCGCUGAGAUAUGUACUAUUCCUUUGGACACUGCUAAAGUUAGGCUUCAACUACAAAAGAAAGCUGUUGCUGGCGAUGCAGUGGCCUUACCAAAAUACAGGGGUAUGCUGGGUACGGUAGCUACCAUUGCCAGGGAAGAAGGUGUAAGUGCACUCUGGAAAGGCAUUGUACCAGGAUUACAUCGUCAGUGUUUAUUUGGAGGCUUAAGAAUUGGAAUGUAUGAGCCUGUUAGAAACUUCUAUGUGGGAGAUAACUUUGUUGGAGAUGUUCCUUUGUCUAAGAAAAUACUUGCUGGACUAACAACUGGUGCUUUGGCAAUUAUCGUGGCAAAUCCAACUGACCUUGUGAAAGUUAGACUUCAAGCUGAAGGAAAGUUAGCACCUGGUGUGCCAAGGCGUUAUUCCGGAGCACUGAAUGCUUAUUCCACAAUUGUUAGACAGGAAGGAGUUGGAGCUCUUUGGACUGGACUUGGACCCAAUAUAGCUAGAAAUGCUAUAAUAAAUGCUGCUGAGUUAGCAAGUUAUGAUCAAGUGAAGCAGACAAUCUUAAAAAUUCCAGGGUUCACAGAUAAUGUCUUUACUCAUCUUCUCUCCGGUCUUGGGGCAGGUUUCUUUGCUGUCUGUGUUGGUUCACCAGUUGAUGUGGUUAAGUCAAGAAUGAUGGGAGAUUCUGCUUACAAAAGCACACUUGAUUGUUUCAUCAAAACUUUGAAGAAUGAUGGACCUUUGGCUUUCUACAAAGGUUUUAUCCCAAAUUUUGGACGGCUAGGAUCCUGGAAUGUGAUUAUGUUUCUAACCCUAGAGCAGGCCAAGAAGUUUGUGAAAAGUAUAGAAUCAUCUUGAGGGUACGAGGAGAUAAUCUCAUCUGCAGUAUGGAUUUUGCAAGGGAUAGCAUCUACAGAAAAAUGAAGAUUUUUCAAAGAGAAUAAUGAAGCCCUGAUCUAUUUUUCUCUCAUCUUACUAACAGAGGAAAAUAAAAAAAUAAAAAAAAAUAAAAAAAAGGAAGGAAAAGUCCUCCUAUAGAAAUAAUAUUAUUCGUUUUUGGGAUUACAUAAUGCUUCCCUUGUCAGCAAUUUGAUAGAUUGUGAUAAUUCCUAAUUGGUUUCUUUGCCAAAUGAAAAUGACAAAUUUGCAUAGAUGUUGUUGCUGUAUGAUAACAAUGUUUUUGGUUAUAGCCCAUGGGCUAGAGCUAUAUGGUUAUACUUUACUAUGUAUGACUAGUUUGUUUUUGUUUUGUCAUCUUGGUAAAUGUCCCAAAGCAAAGAAAGUGUUUUCCAUCUUCAGGAAACAGUUUUCUGUCGCAUAUGGAUUAAAGAAAAGAAAUAAAUUCAAUUAGAUUGUGUUA